AUGGCGGCGAAAAAGACAUCGAGUGCGCCAAAGCCGUCAGGCGGCGUGUAUGCAUGGUUUAUGAAGUGGAUCAUGCGCUCAGUGUGGUUUGCCUUGUUCAUUGCGGGGUGUAGAUGGCUAGACACGAUCAAGGAUAGGUGGUAUGUCCUCGAUCCUACGAGCCUGCAUCAGCUCUCUCAAGCCGCCAUUGCCGCGGCACCUGAGCCAAAUGACAUCAAUUUCAUGAUUUCCUACAUCGUUAACAACCUCACCGCGACAUACCCUUCAUCUAUUAUCGCGGUAAACCCCAACUCGUCUGAGUGGGUACUCAGCAACGCGGGGGGCGCGAUGGGCGGGAUGUACGUCAUCCACGCAAGCAUUACCGAAUAUCUCAUUGUCUUCGGCACGCCUAUUGGUACGGAAGGACACACUGGUCUGCACACCGCCGACGAUUAUUUCAACAUCCUUGUUGGAGAACAGUGGGCGUUUAACCCGCCGAAUCUGGAGAUGGAGAGGUAUCCAGCUGGAAGUGUGCACCACCUGCCGCGAGGACAUGUGAAGCAAUACAAGAUGCAUGAGGGAUGCUUCGCGCUUGAGUACGCGAGAGGAUGGAUUCCAUUGAUGAUGCCUUUCGGCUUACUGGAUGUGUUUUCGUCAACACUCGACUAUUGGUCAUUAUAUCACACCGUCCGAGUAUCCGCUCGAGAGAUGAUUAAAAAUCUGCUGCUAGGGAAAAUCUAG